AGGGCGCAGUGCCUGCGGCGCUGCAAGCAGGGGCUGCCCGCCUUCCGACAAGCCCAGCCCGGCCGGGACCUGCUCCGCGAGUUCCAGCGCCGGGAGCCCUACAAGUACCUGCAGUUCGCCUACUUCAAGGCUAAUAAUCUGCCAAAAGCUAUUGCAGCAGCUCACACGUUUCUUCUGAAGCAUCCAGAUGAUGAAAUGAUGCAAAGGAACAUGGCUUACUAUAAGAGCAUACCUGAUGCUGAGGAGCAUAUUAAAGACUUGGAGACAAAGCCUUAUGAGACUCUCUUUGUCAGAGCUGUGAGAGCAUACAAUGGUGACAACUGGAGAACAUCCAUCUCUGACAUGGAGCUGGCUCUUCCUGACUUCUUCAAAGCCUAUGAUGACUGUACAGCAACCUGUGAAGGCUCUCGAGAGAUCAAAGACUUUAAAGACUUCUACCUCUCCAUUGCAGAUCAUUAUAUUGAAGUCCUUGGAUGCAAAGUGCAGUGUGAGAGUAACCUGACCCCCAUCAUAGGAGGCUUUGUGGUUGAGAAAUUUGUGGCCACCAUGUACCAUUACUUGCAGUUUGCCUAUUAUAAAU